AGGGUGGAAACAAAAUUCUUAUUUCUAAUCAUUUCAUCCAAAAAAGUUUUCUAUUAAAAAUAUAGAAUUUUAUUUCAAAUUCGGGAAUUUUCAAAGCAGAGUAUAUUUAUUUUUUAUAUACUAAACAGCCAGAGCUACAUAACAGAUGAUGGGAGUUGAUUUGAAUUUGAUUAAUUCUAAAAGGCAUUGGUACUAAGAAGCAGCCGAAUUCUCAAAGCUUAACCUUUUUCUGUUGAAUAAUAUUAUUGAAAUGAAUUUACUUUCAAUUAAAUAAUAGAUCAUUGAAAUAGUGCAUAAUCAAGUAUGGAGCUUUCCGUACGAAACGUUCUUUUGAGAAAUUUUAGAAAUUUCAUUUCUUACAAGAUUCUGAAACGCACAUUAUUGACUUGUAAUAAACGUAGAACACAAUGUUUUCCGGAUACUGCAUCAGCUUUGCAAACUGUUCCUGAUGGAGCUAGGAUUUUGAUUGGAGGUUUUGGACUAUGUGGGAUACCUGAAAAUCUUAUUUCAGCCUUACUGAAAAGUGGGGCAAAAGACCUUACCGUGAUAACGAACAAUCCUGGAGUUGGUGAUUAUGGUGUGGGAUUACUCAUCAAGGAAAGAAGAGUGAAAAGGCUGAUCGCUUCCUACAUUGGUGAGAACCCCGAAUGCGAACGCCAGUACAUGACUGGCCAACUCGAAGUCGAAUUGAUUCCUCAGGGUACACUGGCGGAGAAGAUCCGCGCGGGCGGAGCGGGAAUUCCGGCUUUCUACACGCCGACCGGCGCCGGCACGAUCAUGCAGCUGGGAGGAGUGCCCAUCAAGUACAGGGAGGCCGAGGAGGCGACGCCACAAGACGCCGAUUCAGACGCCGGUCUGGACCCUGAAGAGCGGCUCGGCGUCGAGAUUGCAUGCUCAGGACGCCACUCGCAGAUGUUCGGCGACAAAGAGUACAUUCUCGAGGAAGCCAUCACUGCCGACUUCGCGCUCGUCAAAGCUUUCCGAGCUGAUAAGAAGGGCAACCUUGUUUUCAGGAUGUCUGCCCGGAACUUCAACCCCACAAUGUGUAAAGCGGCCGAUGUAUCCAUAGUUGAGGUGGAAGAACUUGUUGAUGAACUGCAACCAGAUGAAAUUCAUGUGCCUAGCAUUUACGUUCAUAGGUUUGCGGUGGGAGAAAAAUACGAAAAAAGGAUCGAGAAAUUGACCAUCAAGAAAACUUCUAAAUCAUCAGAAUCUGUUAUCACCGCAAGCGAGUUCACAAGUCAUAGAGAAACAAUUGCCAAAAGAGCUGCUUUGGAAUUCAAAGAUGGAAUGUUUGUAAAUCUGGGAAUAGGCCUGCCGACAUUGGCAAGCAACUACAUUCCCGAAGGCGUGAACGUAACAAUCCAGACUGAGAACGGCAUCCUGGGCAUCGGCGGUUACCCGACUCGGUCCAAGGUGGAUCCCGAUCUAAUCAAUGCCAGCAAAGAGCUAACAACCAUUCUUCCUCACGCUAGUUUCUUCUCCAGCGAUGAAAGCUUUGCCAUGAUCAGAGGGGGUCAUCUGGACUUGACAAUCCUUGGAGCUUUGCAAGUCUCUCAGUAUGGUGAUUUGGCAAGUUGGAUGAUUCCUGGCAAAAUGGUGAAAGGGAUGGGAGGUGCUAUGGACCUGGUUUCAGCCCCGAAGACCAAAGUGAUAGUUGUAAUGGAGCACUUGGCUAGUGAUGGAAGUCCCAAGAUAGUCGACAGCUGCAAUCUACCUCUCACAGGAGUCAAGUGUGUUGAUCUCAUCAUUACAGAUAAGGGUGUUUUCAAGGUGGAUCCCGAAAGUGGACUGACUCUUAUUGAGUUGGCCGAAGGCGUCGAAAUUCCAGACUUGAUGGUCAAUACACCAUGCACUUUCGAAAUAUCACCAGAAUUGAAAACUAUGGAACUAAAAAAGAACACUGAAGCCGCUUCCUAGUUGGAUGAUAUAUGCUCGAUAUAAGGCAAAAUGACUGCUUUAAGGGUAUUUUAUAGUCUUCAAAUCUAAUCGUUGCAUUAAAUUACAACUAAACCGCAUCUCAAUUCAAUAAUAGGAACUUCACAGCGGAUUAUUAUAUCAGUUUGAGGAACUAAGUUUUUCCCAAUUUGUCAUUUUUAUUAGUGCAUCAAGACGUUAAUGCACGUUAAAUUUGUAGCCAACUUGCAACGACUAACAAUAUCUUCUUAAAAUAAUUUUACCUAUAUUUUGGACUUGUUCUUAUAAUCUUUAAAUUUCAAAUCAUAUUAUUGAAAUUGAAAUAUCUAUGUUUAACCAACAUGAGUCCAAGUUUAUUUUCACGUUCACAUUAAAAUUAUACUUUUCACGGAAAUUAAAAUUGUUGUAUUCAAAGUAAAAUUUACUUUGAAUAUAAUCCUAAUAUUUUGUGACAGAUAGGUCUACUUUUUGUAAGGAUUAUAUUCUGUCUAAUAGUUACCUGUAUCGAUAUCACUCGUAUACAAUUUAAAAGAAAAUUUAUGACUUCGAUUCUACACUAAGUUAUAACUUGUAAAUUCUACAAUAAAAAUCUAUUAAGAAUCAAAA